AUGUCUAUUCCCAUUCGAGCUCUCGGCCACAACGGCCCUAAAGUGCCUGCUGUUGGCCUGGGCCUGAUGAGUAUCGGUGGAAUAUAUGGUCCAGCGGGCACGCUGGAUCAAAAGGUCGCUUUCCUAGAGCAUGCCCAUGCCAACGGACAGUGGUUCUGGGAUACUGCCGAUUUAUAUGCCGAUAGCGAAGAUAUUGUGGGUGAAUGGUUCAAGCGCUCUGGUAAGCGUGACGAUAUCUUCCUGGCAACCAAGUUUGCUAUCCAGCGGGACCCGAAUGGGGGUAUGUCUGUCCGCUCUGAUCCCGAAUAUGUCAAGCAGGCUUGCGCGAAGAGCCUUGAGAAACUUGGUGUUGACACCAUUGACUUGUAUUAUUGCCACCGAGCGGAUGGAGUGACGCCUAUUGAGAAGACUGUCGAAGCCAUGGUUGAAUUGAAGAACCAAGGAAAGAUCAGAUAUCUCGGCCUGUCUGAAGUUUCAGAAGCAACUCUCCGUCGAGCCCACGCUGUCCAUCCUAUUACCGCAUAUCAAGUGGAGUAUAGUGCCUUUGCACUGGACAUCGAGUCACCUAAGGUCAACCUCCUAAAGACAUGCCGCGAGUUGGGUAUCGCGGUUGUGGCCUAUAGCCCCGUGGGACGUGGAAUAUUGACUGGACAGUUUCAGUCUCCUGCUGAUUUCCCUGAGGGUGACUUCCGUCGCAUCAUGCCGAAGUACUCGGAGGAGAACUUCCCUAAGAUCUUGGAGCUGGUAGAAGGGCUGAAGAGUGUGGCCCAUGUACAUGGGAGUACCACUGCACAGGUUGCUAUUGCGUGGCUGCUUGCUCAGGGACCCGAUAUCUUCCCUAUUCCAGGAACCAGGUCCACCGAGAGGGUUGAUGAGAACACUAAGUCCGCUUUGUUGCAACUUACGGGCAAGGAGGUGCAGGAUAUCCGGGACUUGGUAGAGCAGACGGAGAUCGUUGGAACUCGGUACCCUGCUAUGAUGAUGGGUAAUAUCUUUGCUGAUACACCGCUGCUGUAG